UCUCUGUGAGUUUGAGGCCAUCCUGGUCUACAAAGCAAGUUCAGGACAGCCAAUGCUACACAGAGAAACCCUGUUGGGAAAAAAAAAAAAAAAGAAGAAAGGAAUGAAGGAAAGAAAGAGAGAGAGAGAGGAGAAAGAGAGAAAAAAGAAAAGGCAGCUUCAUCUUCUUGGGAGUGUUUCUUAGAUCCUCUGUGGAAGGCAUCUUCUCUGCAAGAACAAUGGUUCUAGAGGAGAGAAAUGGGAUCAUUUACCUAGUCAACUUUUAUAAAGCCCCAGCUUCUAGCUACCAUCAUUCAGCCUAUGGCAGAAUUUGAAGUGGCAUUCUGACUGGAUCAUGGAGCUUUGGAAAGAAAAGGAGCCAGGGUAUGAAGAGCCACACUGAGAAGCUUGGAUUUCAUUUUGGCAGAAGCCUAGCAGAACAGUUUAAAAUAGGGAAGCAACAUGAUCAGAGAGAGUUUAGAAAUCUCUCUCUGGCUAAGGGUAGAGUGCUUGCUUAGCAUGUGGAUAGCCCUAGGUUUGAUCCUCAGUACCAACACAAGUAGAGAUCCGGGAGAAAGUAACUGGUUCUCUUGUAGAGAACAGAUUCAGCUAGCAAGGCGGGGAACAGAUUCUAAAUGAAGGGCAUUUUGGUUCAUUUCGUAGCUAACAGUCAUAAGAAACACAUGGAGCAAUGUGACAAUGGCAACAUGAAAUGGAGUCAGUAUUUCCCAGGUUUCUGGCUAAACAGCCAAAUGGGAAGAACAGGAAAAUGAAUGAUUAGUCCAGUGGUACAAGCUGAAAGCAAAGUGUCUAUGGAAGGUGUAAUGGGUGAUUGGACUAUUUGGGGUGGGCAAUCUGGGUUGUAGACAGGUGAUAGAACAGCAUCAUCAAAGAGCAAAGUGUUAGGGACAACACAGAAGAACUGGAGGGACACACUGAUGUUUAAAGAAAAUGGAUGAAUGCCAAAGAAGUGACCCAUGAGGCAGGAGAAAAUCCGGUAGUGUGCAAUCAUGAAAACCAAGAAGUAGGCACCAGAAUGAAAUGUCAUAUGCCAGCUGGGCUCAGCACCUAGCAGGUCAGUGGUGACCAGGGAAUGUAAUUUAAGGCACAGAUGGUUACAGAAGAAAGUGAACUAGAGUAGAGCUUCCUGGGAAAAUGGCUUCUUCAUCCAAAGUCCUUUGCAGUGAAUGAAAAGUAAAAGAAGUAGACAUCGUAGAGGGGAGGGGAGGGGAGGGGAGAGGAGAUGGGUCAGCUGGAAGCCUAUGUGUGGCUUGGGAAGAAUCAGGCACAAGGUACAACAACAGAAAGGUCACCAGAAGGUGGCUGAAAGAUUAGAAGGAAUUUGUCAGGAACAUAGUGGACAGGCUUUGGUCACUAAAGAGACAGUCAAGCCAGAGAACUGGUUAAACCUGGAUGGUAGCUCUUCAGGUACCCCAGAGUUGACUUCAGCAUAGCCAUUAGUUUAAGGGUCCAAAGAAAUAGAUACUAUAAUUAAUGCUUAAGGACUCCUCUACUCUUACAGGACUUUUAUUUUCUCAUGGGAAAUAUUUUAUGGGCAAAUCAUUGUAUGUGUCUUGCCCUUUAAACUAUGUGAAGGGCUGGACCAAGCCCUCAUCUUUGCCCCCAAACCAGCAACCUCAGAGCUUGUCUUGUACUCUGAAUGCCUAUCUGAGCAUUCCUGCUGGACCUUGAAGGUCCUUCCUGGCCCCAGAGGCUCUAUACUGCAAUGAGAGGUAGAGCCAAGACAAAGGGAUUUCUGGAAAGAACUGGGGAGGAAGAAUUAAGAAAGGCUUUCCUCAGGCAGACAAGAUGGCUUGAAAUGCCAUUCAGGCCUGACAACUUAGUUUCAAUCCCCAGAACCCAAGUAAAAAGGCAUGGUAUGGUUGCAUAUGUCUGAAAUUCCAGGGUUCAGUAUGUCAGGGAAUGUGGAGACGAGUUGCCUGGAAGCUGAAAAGCAAGCCAACUUGGAGUAGAUAGCAUAGUGAAAACAAACGAAAUCCUGUCUCAACAAAGUAGAAGAAAAGAACCAACUCCCAAAAGUUGUCUUCUGACCUAUACACAUGCAAUAAAAAUGUUUAAAUUUUGUUUGUGCCUGUGUGCUGUAGUGGAGGCCAGAAGAAAGAGUGCAAUCUCCCAUUCUCCCAAGCUGUAAUUACAGGCAAUUGUGAGCCACCUGAUAUGGGUAUGGGAAAUCAACUAGAAGAGCAGUAGGUGUUCUUAACUGCACUUUAGUCUCAGUUUCUUUUUUAGAAGGCUUUUCUGGUCAGGUAGAGUGGCCCAAGCCUAUAGUCGCAGAACUUGGAGGCAGGAAGAUCAGAAAAGUUCAAGGUCAUUUUAAUUACAAGUUUGAGAUUAGUCUAGGCUAUUGGAGACCCUAUCUUAAAAAAAAAAAAAAAAAAAAGAAAGGAAAAAAAAGGGAAGAUAACCGGAUGCAGAAAUGAACCUGAACCUGGCUAUUUUGUACAAGAGAGGCGUUUGUAUAGGCACAGCUAAGCAAAGGCAAAAGGGAGAGCAAGAGUAUUCAUCAAGUGUGGGCUUCUGGUAGGUGUCCAGCUGCCAGGGGGUGGGGGUGGGACGGUAUGGGGAUGGGACAGCUCUUUCCCUAAAGGAAUAAAAGAUGAUUCAUUCUUGAGCCAUCCUUGACCAUGGCCCAGGAACACAGAUUUAGGUUACCCCAAGUUACAUGUUUCAAUGUGUUAGUAGCGCCACAGAUUUUAAAGUUUUACAGAACAUAGUCAUGAAUCAAGCCAAGUUAAAAAUACAUUGGUGGGUACGUCCGAUGUUAUCUGAUGAUGUCCUUAGCUUUUGGGCAGGUACGGGUCUGUUCAAGGAAUGCCUGGCUAUUCAGGAGGCUAACGCUAGCUGAAAUAACCUCUAGACAGGCAAUAAAUACUCCAACCACUCCACCUCGCUAGAAUUCUAAUCAGUCAAUGGGUCUUUGCAGAUACAGCUGCUUUCCAGGAAUUCUUGUUGACAGUGCCUUCCUUAUGAAUAUUCAUCUCUUACGACACCAGCAACCAGAGAAUGUAAUUUUGAUGAGUAAAUCUAGAAAGAUCAUGCAUGAACGGCCCCAGCAUAAACUGCCUCCCUCAGAACAAGUUACCCAUUUUGGCUGGCUGGAAAGAAAAAGAAAUCAGACCAGAGGGCUAAUAAGGCCUUAUGCCGGCCCUUUAAAUUCCUUCAACCUGCAGCAUUUCAUUUGUAUUGUUUUUAGGUUGGUAUUUUAAUAACACUUCUAUGGCAGGAAAUGCUGAGUCCUGUAUUAUUUCCUGGGAGUUUCACAAAGCUCACAGCAAGAACUCUAGGAAGUAGAAGCAAAGGACUCAAGUAUUUCAUCAGGACUUGCCAACAUCUUGCCUAGUCACCCUUUUCUGCAGUUAUUUUGGUACCCUCAGAACUACAGUUGAAAAUUCCAGUCGGAAGUCUCUGCCCUAAGGGCAAGCACUUUUGGCUAGACUGAUUCCAGCCUGUGGGCGUCAACAUUAGGAUCCACCUCCCAUGAAGGUACGACUUCCCAGGGGCGGCCGGUCCUCUUUGAAUCUAUUAAUCUGCCUUGAGAGAACUUCGCGGCGGGGUUUGAGGGGAGCCUCAUUUUCCCCCACCGUACGGAAGAAGAUAAGGCAUGUGCCUCCUUCCUGGAGUUUUCCGCCUGGUUCCCUUGCCCUUACGCAGGACAGACUCCGGCUCUGGGCUCCACCGGGGUCUUGAGGAGCUCCGGUGUACGGGUUCAGCCGCAGGUGUGGCCAGGCAAAGGGAAGCUGAGCGACGCGAGCGCCCCCUAGGGUCAGGACGGCGGGGCCUGGGCAGGAGGAGGUCUGGUACGAGCGGGAGGGCGGCGGCCGUGGAGCUUCCGGGAGCAGCCGGGGCGCGGACACUUCCCAGAGGAGCCUGCGGCCCACCCCGCGGGGUCGCGCAGACUUUAGAAGAACCAAUACACAACAAACAUAGGGGAAAGUGCACAGAGCCCGAACCCCACCAACUCACAUUUUACAGGCUUUCUUGUAUAGCCUGCAUCCAGUACACACUGUUUCAUCGAUGUAUCCUAAGCAAGCACUCCAGCUACAUCUUCAGCCCUAGUUUCAUUUCUGAAGCAAUGAAAAGGGAUUGCCCAAAAUCAGGAUGUGUUGUCAAAAGGAUGGGGACACCAAAGUCUAGUAAGAGUGUUGAAGGCCAUGGUCAGCAUGAGAUGCAAAUCCCUGCAAUCUAUAUGUGGUCAGCAGUCUUCACCAUUUUAUGAAAUCGUUUUCCUAGUUGACAGGAUGGCCAUUUCAUGAAGUUAAGACUGGCUGUCUUCCCUCCUGUUGGUCCCCCAAUGCCUGCUCUCCCAAGGUCAGUUUGGAGGCCUGCAGUAUGGCUUCAUCCUCCUCUAUCCCAGCCUGCCCCACUCAGUCUAAGAAGCCUGGAAACAAGAUAGCUGAGUGGUUCAGACAGACUCUGUUAAAGAAGCCCAAGAAGAUGCCAGUCUCCGAGGAAAGCGAGCUAAGUGAUGGACCACAGAGAGCCACACAAGAUGGUCUCCUACCCUCAAACUGCAGCCCACCCCAGAGCCGCAGCUCACCCGAGAGCUGCAGCCCACCCCGGAGCCGCAGUUCACCCCAGAGCCCCAGUUCAGGAAUAUCUUCUGUGCCACCAUCAACACACUUGGAUACGAGCUGCAGCAGUGGCCGUUGGAGCAAAGACUAUGACGUCUGCGUGUGCCACAGUGAAGAGGACUUAGAGGCAGCCCAAGAGCUGGUCUCCUACUUGGAGGGUUGCAAGGCCAGCCUACGCUGCUUCCUGCAGCUUCGGGAUGCAACCCCAGGUGGCGCCAUCGUUACAGAGCUAUGCCAGGCACUGAGUAGUAGCCAUUGUCGUGUGCUAUUCAUCACCCCAGGCUUCCUUCGGGAUCCCUGGUGCAAGUACCAGAUGCUGCAAGCCCUGACGGAGGCCCCAGGGUCGGAGGGUUGCACCAUACCCCUGCUAUCCGGCUUGACCAGAGCCGCCUACCCGCCAGAACUCCGAUUCAUGUACUAUGUGGAUGGCAGAGGCCAGGACGGUGGCUUUUACCAAGUCAAGGAGGCUGUCGUCCGCUAUCUGGAGACACUAAGUUGACACUUAAGUUUUCAUGAGAAAAGCUGGAAAUAACUCACACCAGGUCUCGGAUUCCAGGAGAUACAGCAGGAGUCAUAAUGAGCCAGAGCCAGCCGCACCGUGUACAUGACACAGGAUUAGAUUGCCACCGGCCUCCAUUACUGGGGACCCUGUAAGAUGGCCAGGCAGAAGAUGGGGACCCCCCCAAGGAGACCAGGCAAAAGAUGGGGAUUCCCCAAGAAGAGCAAGAGGAAACCAGGGACUCCCCCAGGAAGGCAACAAGGAAGUCAGAAAUUGGAGUGUGAUAUGGGGGAGGGCAGCAGUGUCUCGUCUGCUGCUUGAUGGGACAGGAAACGGACACACAGCUGGCUUCUUCCCUUGGAAUCAGGCACUGGGGUGAUAGGCACCACUCCUCCAGAGGGAUGGGCCUGCCUGGUGAACUAGAAGUCGGUGCUCUUCCCACUUGCCUAGGAAAGCUGGGAAGAGGUGACAGGUAUCAAGUCCUUUGCACACUAUUACAGCUCUUUCCCAGAGCUGACAACUCACUUCACAGAGCUGGAUGACAGACACAUUCAGACCCACACUGAAUUUCACUUACUGAGCAAAUGUCAUUAAAGAUGCAAACUUAGAGGCUGGAGAGAUGGCUCAGUGGUUAAGAACUCUUGUUGCUUUUGCAGAGGACCAGGGUUCAAUUCCCAUGAUCCACAUGGUGGCUCAUAGCCUUAUCUAUAACUCUACUUCCAGGGGAUCCAAUGCCUUCUCUGACCAGGAUUUCUUUGGGCACCAGGCACACAUGUGGAACACACACACACACAUACACACACAUACAUGCAGGCAAAACAAUCAUACACAUAAAGAAAUCUUUUUUUAAUUAGAAAUAUGAACCUUGAUAUAGAUGGAGCCUGUGGUAGAACUCUUGCUUGCCUGAGGGCUUGGUUUCCACCUCCAGCACUACUGAAAAAAGAGAGAGAAAACACAGACCUAGAAGCUAUUCUGAACACAUGAACAAGUGGGGAGAAGGGAAGCCAGGGUAAAGGGCUCCUUCCCCUGGGUCAAAAACCCACUGAUCCUGUGACACAUGGGGCCACCUCAGACAUCUGCUAGAGCCCAUGCUUUGCAGUGCCUGCCUUUAUAUUGAUCAGAGUGGAACUAGUGUUCUCAGUCUAGCACCAGAGUGCAUUCUCAGGUGAGAUACAAGAGACAAGGUGUCACCUGUGUUCUCAGUAAGAACAGCAACAUGGUCAACUGAUUAUCAUUGUCUACCCUGAUGUGUACCUUGAACCUCUUCUCUUCCUUUUGAUAUGUUCCUUUACUGAAAAUAUUUUUAAAUUAUGAUUUUUCUGUGACAUACAAAAUAUCUAAGAUAUUUUAUCCUUUACUGUACUUUACCAUACUCAUGCACCUACCACAUAGCUUAUUCCCAACAUGUUUCUUCAUCCUGUUCUGAAUUCCAGGCCCUUCAUGUUUCCUAACAAAAUAACCACUAUUCUGAAUUUUGGAUUAUUUUGAGCUUUUCUAAGUUUCUAUAGAUGUAUGCAAAUCAGCAACAUGUUAUAUAAUUUUAAGACUAUCUUUUAUACAAAUUGCAUCACAAUGUACAUUUCCUUUGUUUGACAUGUUUGUGAGGUGUGUUCAUGUUUAUGUGUCAUUCAUGAGUGUCCUAGGUCAACAGUUCUCAACCUGUAGGUCACAACCCCUUCAUAGGGUUGUAUAUCAGAUAUCCUGCAUAUCAGAGAUUUACACUAUUCAUAAUAAUAGCAAAAUUACAGUUAUGAAGUAGCAAUGAAAGUAACUUUAUGGCUGGGGGUCACCACAUGAGGAACUGCAUUAAAAGGUGUCAGCAUUAAGGAAGGUUGGGAACCACUGCCCUAAGAUCACCUUAAAGUGAAGUCCAGGUACUUUCUCCCUAAGUUUUAGUUACAUACCUCUAAUUAUGAGAUGUUUUUUAAAGCAUGACAUUUUUGCUGUAGUUUAAAAUACUUUUCAUGAAGCUGCAGUCAGUGCUUUUUCUGUCUUACAAAGUUCCUCCUGUGUUGUUCUUACAUUUUCUUCUAUAUUCAGUCUUGAAAAACAUUGAUUAUGUUUUCUUCCAAAGUGUUUCUAUUCAAAUUUAGAUCUUUACUCCACUUGGGGUUGUUUUGUUAUUUUGUUGUUGUUUGUUUUGUUGGCUUUUGAAACAGGGUCUAUAACCUAGACUAACCACAGACUUGAGAUCCUCCUAGCUCAACCUCCCAGAUGUUAGGAUUCUAGGCAUUAUAAGCUAUGGCAUUAUUAUUGCUGGCUAGUUCUUAGUUUUCAAGGCAGAAAUCCAAUUCUUUUCUCUCAGUUUCUAUCAGUUACUCAGUAGUCUAUCCUAUCCCCACUGUUUGUUAUUUUUCUAUUUGUUUGAGAUAGGAUCUCACUAUGUAUCUAUCCCUGGCUGGCCAAGAAUUCACUAUGUAGACCAGAUUGACCUCAAACACAUACAGGUCUUCCUGCCUCUGCCUCCCCAGUGCAGUGCUGGGAUCAAAGUUGUGGGCUAUCACACCCGGCUACUGCUGUUCCAUAUUGUCAUAUGUAUGUGUCUAUUGCUGGUUCUCUUGUCUAGUAUCCCCUAUGUUAGUGCCACAGAAUCUUUUAAGAAGCCUCAAUGUGCCAGGCAGUUGUGGUGCCUGCCUUUAAUCUCAGCAUUCAGGAGGCAGAGGUAGAAGGAUCUCUGAUUUUAGGCCAACCUGGUCUAUAGAGCAAGUUCUUUUGGACAGCAAGGGCUCCACAGAUAAACCCUGUGUAUCUUUAUUGGAGUUAUAUUCAGUUUAUGGACUUGACUUGGAAGAACAAGUACUUUUAUGACAAAGUCUUCCUCUCCAUAAAGGAAUGUCACCACUUAAGUCCUUCAAUGUAUUUCAAUAAAUUUGUAUAAUAUUUUUCAUAUUUAUUAAUCUCAUAUUUUAUUAGAUUUAUUUUUCACUUCAUACUUCUGCUGCUACUGUAAAGAAUUUUAAAAUUAUAUAUAUGCCUUUUGUUGCCAAAAAGGAUUAUAUAUAAUAUGUUGGUGUAACUUUAAUAAUGUGCUGAGUUAUUUAUUGUAAAUGACUAUUUUAUUGAGUUUCUGUGCUUCUUAGGACUUCCAGUGCAAUUGUGAAAGAACUGACAACAACAGCCAUUCGGGCACAUUUAUUAAAGGGAAUACUUCAACCAUUACACCAUUAAAAUGUGCCUGCUUAGCCAAGCACGGUGGCCCAUGCCUGUAAUCCCAGCACUCAAGGAGGCAGAAGCAGGGGGGGAAUCUCUGUGAGUUUGAGGCCAGCCUGGUCUACAAAGCCAGUCCAGGACAGCCAGGGCUACACAGAGAAACCUUUUCUCAAAAACAAAAACAAAAGCUGAUUUUUUUUUAAUAACUAUUGAUUUUAAAAUUAAGUGGUAGCUUAAUCAUGUCAGUGGACAAGUACCUUUCCGAUUCUGAGGGUCUACAAUUUAAAGUCAUGAGGGAGAGGUUGAAUGAGUGUGUGUGGAGUCAUCAGUUUCCCCACUUGCUCUUCUUAGGUUCAAGUGCUCUAACUGCACUAAAUGUUCAUCUUCCUUGGCUCCUUACUACCUAGUAGUAACUGCCCUUCCUGGCCCUAAUAGAACUGUUUUACAUUUGACUGGCAACUAGGUGCUCCUGUCUCGUAGGCAGAAGACUAGAGGACUAUUCUGGGGAAUCAAAACUGCACAAUAGAAAAUUCUCACAGACUUUGGUGUUGGUAACUCCAAAAUUACAUAUGGCGAGUUUUAAGGUGGACUAGCUCAUCUAGUGCUAUAGUGGCACAAAACUUGUGGGAAUAACUAAUCAAUAUCUGAUUGGAUUUCAGUCCCAGUUCGGGAGAUGCAUAGUUCAGAGACUUUUUAAACUCAAACACAUGAUAAAUCCUCCUACCUCAGAUUUCAAAUGAUAGAAUAAUAGUAUGAGCCACCAUACUUAGCUUAAUCUGUUAUUUCUCACAGAUAAGUCCCCAAUUAGGAACUUAUGAGGUUGUAUUAGUUGCUUUCUAUUGCUGUGAUAAAACAUCAUGACCAAAGCAACAUAAGGAGGGGUUUAUUUGGGCUUACAGUUCCAGAGGGUCCAUCACAGCAGAAAAGCUGGUGGCAAACAGAAGGUUGGAACAGGUUUAUUGUGGGGCUUUUGCGAACCUGUUUGCAGUUCAAAGAAGACACAGGACUUCUAUAUUGUUUAAAGCUGUUGGCCUUUAGCUGUGGCAGACUCUUAGCUACUACAUCUAAAAUUCUCCAUCUCUCUCCAUGUGGUUCUGUUGAGAUUUGCUUCAGCUUUUUGCCUAAACUAUAGCCAUAAGCUAUUUUGUUCCUAGUUUCCAUCUGGAUUGUGAGGGGAAAUUAAGUUCAAAUUCUCAGAGUCUGCUUGAUUGUCCAAUAAUGGUGUCAGUGACUAAUCCUAAAAGGGCAGGGUAACCUCGUAUCUUCCUGUGAUACAAUGAUGUUAUCAUGCUUUGUCAUCUCUACACUUGGUUACACCCUGGGUAUACUAUGAAAGACCCCAGUCACUGCCUUGCUUGCCCCACUUGGAACCAAUCAGCUAAAAGGUCAACUGAAAAUGUAAUACUGCUCUUCCCCUUGCUCUCCAUCCUUGGUUUUUCUAUAAAAAGCUUGCUUUAAGAGCAGACCAGCGAUCGUGAUCAGCUAAGAGCAGACCAGCGAUCAUGAUCAGCCUGUAACAGGUGUUCAAUAAACCAUCAACAUCUGACUGA